GAAAAUAUUUACGUUCACUGGUUCUGGAAGUGCAAUGGUGUUGAAAGUUUAUUAAAACGAAGAAAAUAUGGUGGUUUUAUGAUGUUUAUUGACGAAAUUUACAAGGUGGAAAAGGUAGUUGAUCAUAUCUCUAGCAAUAAGUGAGAUAUGGCCUCUAACAAUGAUACAGGAGGUGGAAGUAAUGGUACGCUCUCAAGAACUUACCCGACAAGAGAGUAUGAUGCACUUAAACAGCAGUUUGAGAAAACUAAUAACGAAUUAAGUACAUCGAGAAGAAGGUGUGAUCAUGCACUCAGUGAUUUGGACUAUUACCGAGAACAGCACAGAGCAGUCAUGAACCAGCUGGAAGUCUCCUCCCAGGAUUCCGCCUCUUUGCGCACCAAAUACUCGGAGCUGUUGAACGAGAACAAACAGCUCCAGUCGGAGAACCAGCGUCUGUGCAAAGAACUGGCGGAACACAACGGCAACGCCUCCGACGCCCUCUUCAUGUCCCACACGCAAGCCCUGUCGAAACUAGAAGUAGCGCAAGAUGAAAACGCCCGACUGGCGAAGCAGUGCGGCGUGCUGGGGCAGGAAAGGGAGGCCGCCCAGAGAGACUGUGCGGGUCUGAAGCAGCAACUGGUGAAACUCUGCAAGGAUUACGCGAAGUACAGGGAGGCGCACCAGAAGUUGCAGCAGCAGUACGAGGAGGCGGUCAAUGUCACGAUCAAGGCGAAUAAGGACAUUAAGAGGCUGACGGACGAGAGGAACGCCACCAUGGCGGAAUACACCUUGAUUAUGAGCGAAAGGGACACGGUGCACAAAGAAAUGGAAAAACUCAGCGACGAUCUCACCCAAGCCAUGAAGAAGAUAAAACACCUCGACGCCAGCAACCAGGAACUGCAGGAGGAGAAAAGGGCGCUGACUUACCAGCUCGAAUCGUUGAGGAGGGAGAUCGCCAGCGCCUUGCACGAACGCGAUAAGGCUCUCAAAGAGUGCAACGAUUUGCGGGAGAAAUUUGGGGAGCUGGGAGCGACGGCCGAGGAUGGACGGCUGCUGUUAGGUGACCAAACGAAGAAGUCCAGAGGUCGCCUCCUGGACAGCCUGGGGGCCCUGGGCGACGGCCAGGGCCGCAAGGAGCUCAUGCGCGAGGAUGCCAGAUCCAUCAGCCAACGCCAGCGCCUGGACAACCUGGACCAAGCCAACCAGGAACUGGAAUCUCUCAGAAAGAGCCUCGACAAGGCCCAGACUGAAUUGGCCGAGGCCGUGCAGGAGGCCGAGGUGUCGAAGGGCCGCCGGGACUGGGCCUUCAGCGAGCGGGACAAGAUUGUUCUCGAACGUGAGAGCAUCAGGACCCUAUGUGAUAAUAUGCGUAAGGAACGCGACAGGGCUGUGUCCGAACUAGCAGAAUCUCUACGUGAAUCUGACGCUGUGAAGAAGCAGCGGAACGAAUUGUUGAAGGAAACCAAAGCGCUGCGCGAGGCCCUCGAGGUGCACCUGGAUCGCGAGAACAGGUCGUUGCACUCCCAAGACGAGGCUCAGGACCACUCCUGCGGCCAUACUGAAGUAGUGGAGCUCGAAUUGACAGCCGCCGACGAGGAAGGACUUGAAUUUGCCGGCGGCAGGGAUUUUCCCAGAGACGGCUCUGUAUACGUUGCUUCGGUAGCGCCCGGAUCGCCCGCCAUAGGGAAACUCUUCCCUCACGAUCGUAUCCUGAGAGUUAACGACGUAGACUGUAGCCAGGCGUCGCUCAGGAUGGUAACAGAGGCGAUCAGAUCCACCAUGCCGGUGGCACGGGUUCUGGUGAAAAGGACGAGGUGUGCGAGAAACGAAAUUCGCACCACUGGAGAGCAAGUGACGAAAUGGAUACAUACCGCGAGACUGGCACCGGGAUGCCAUGGUCUGUCCUUGAAGAUGGGUGUGUACAUUAACAGGAUUAGCGACGGUAGCCUAGCGGCAAGGGAUAAAAGUUUGACUGUUGGGGACAGGGUCCUGAGGAUAAACGAUAAAUCCAUGGAUGACAUCGAGAGCGCCCAUGAAGCCAUGCGCGUCCUGAACGAUGACUCGACCGACGUCAUAAACAUAACCACCUUGAAAAUGAGCUACCCUGAAUGUCCGAACGUCUUCACCCCAGUCCGAAGGCACAAAAAGGAGAACCGUAGUUCUCAAACGGAGGAUUGGCUGUCUGGUGACUACAAGUACGGCAACCAAGAGAAGAACAAUGGAGGGGCUUGGUUGAAAGAGAAAUUGGAAAUGAUGCGAAACCCUUGGAAGACCAAAGAGGAGAAGAAGAAGUACAGGAACAGCUCCCCCAAUCCGAUAGAUUUCGGGCACGAGCAGGCUAUAGCAGAGCUGGAUCUCGUCCUGGAUAGCUAUCAUCAUGGUACGAUUAAAAGGAGUGGAGGAGCCAAAAGGCACUUGACACAAACCAAAGAAGAGAAAAACAACGGCGGCACCUGGCCCAAAGCCAGAGCAGCCCCGGUACUGACACAGAGCGGCGGCACCGUCGUCACUCGCACUAAAGAACGACCGCCUCUCUCGUUACUCCCCACACCAAAAGACAACCAACUCCAAGACAAUUACAACUACAGGAACUCCACGCCCGUGCCUAUUUCCGUCAUGCCCUCGAGUAUGCCUCCGAGUUACACCAGGCAUUCGGUGUACAAGAGCGUGGACACGUCUCACCAUUUCGGGAUGGCGACGGAUUCUUUUGAUAGAUUGAGAUCUGCGAAUAAUGCGAAUAGACUGAGCGUCAACGUCAACUCUGAUAAUAGUCUGGAUUUUCCCGUGCACCGGUUCGUGGACAAGGAAGUGAUGAACUACUAUAAGAAGAAUAAUAGAUCUGUAAUCCCCAAGUAUGGAUCUGACUCGGAGAGAGACAGCAUAGUGAGCGGCGCGCACGAAGUGAUGCCCACGCACAGCAGAGGCCACAGCCAACUGUUCGUUCCACCGAGGAUACACUACCCCUUUCAUCCCCACCCGCACCCCCAUCUGAACCAUUCCCGCGAGAGCUUCAGUUUCGAACCGUUCCACCACAUUCACAGCCCUUCCGUUGACGUGAAUGGCGCCCGCAGACCGCCCGAUUUGCUCGAAUCGGGAGGGACAUUUCCCAGGAAGAACCAGAGGUUUCGGGUGCCCUCCAAUCCCAGCGUCACCAGCAAGGUUAGUACGGGGAGCAUCGAGCGGGGCAGUUCGGAACGUGGCAGCCCCAUGCCCGUCAUCCACGUGGAAGUCCUGAGCAGUCCCGGGGACCACUCAGGAUCUUCCAACACCACCCCCAAAGACUACUGCCCGUGGGGCCACAAGCCGGUGCCCGGCGAGCUGAGACGUGUCCACAUCGAUAAAUUCAACGAGCCUCUCGGCAUCCAAAUCAACUGUCCCGACACCGGCGGCAUAUUCGUCUCCACCGUGAACGAGAAUAGCCUGGCGAGUCGUGUCGGUCUACAGAUCGGAGACCAGCUGUUAGAAGUAUGCGGGAUUAACAUGAGGAACGCCACUUAUAACUUGGCGGCGAAUGUUUUGAGGCAAUGCGGAAAUUCCAUAACGAUGCUAGUGCAGUAUAGUCCGGAUAAGUACCACGAGUUGGAGGGAGACGCCGAGUCCUGUUCGGGAUCGACCUCGAAUUCUGACGAUGACGAAGAAGAGGCGGACGGUGAGGCGACGCCCUGUAAUUCGCCGAAGGAGGUGAGGAAGAGUUCUUCGUUGCAGAUGAAACCGUCGCAGUUGAUGGUCAUGCAGAGGCAGACGCAGAACGUUUCGACAGGCGGGAGUGCACGAACUACGGAAGAGCCGCGAUAUUUAUGCAUCGAAACCCUGAAGACCUCCAACCUGGGUAUAUCUCUAGUCGGAGGCAACGCGGCCGGUAUCUUCAUCCACUCUGUCCAACCGGACUCCUUGGCUUACCAUGCUGGACUGAGAACCGGGGACCAAAUACUCGAAUACAAUGGUAGCGAUCUUAGGGCAGCUACCGCCGAAGAAGCGGCGUACGAACUGGCCAAGCCGGCGGACAAGGUCACCGUUCUCGCUCACUAUCGAAUCGACAAAUACAACGAAAUAAAGGACAAGCCGGGAGACAGCCUCUAUGUCCGUUGCGGUUUCGACCGCAGCGGCAACGAGAUGACGGAACCGCCUCAGCUGUCGUUUUCCAAGGACGACGUCCUCUAUGUAGACAAUACCAUGUUCAAUGGGGUGCCGGGACAGUGGCGUGCGUGGAAACUGGAUGCGGAAGGCCUCAGGCAGCAGUGCGGAGUUAUCCCCAGCAAAUAUAAGAUCGAGGAGGAGUUGCUUCUUAGGCGGGGCGCGGGUGAUGCAGUGGAAGGCCGUACCACUGCCACAGCACGACGCAGUUUCUUCAGAAGGAAAAAGCAUCAAAGGGGAGGCAGUGGCAGUUCCGGAUUGGGAUCCAGCUCAAGGGAUUCCAAAGAGCUCGCCAGUUUCUGCAAUCUCUCCCCAGGAUGGUACUCCGAUUCAGGCUCUCUGCACGAAGACCUAUCUCAAGCCUCCUACCAGCGCGUCGAGAGACUCCAAUACCCCGAAUUCCGUCCAGUCCUGGUCCUGGGACCCCUCGCCGAAUGCGUCGCCGACAAACUGGUGUCAGAAUUCCCUGAGAAGUUCAGACGGGCAGCCACCGACACCCGACGCUGCCCCCAGUCUCAGCUAGACCGAGAACUUGCCGAAGGCCUCAUCCUCGAGUACCGCAGGCGGGGCUCGUGCUACGAAUGCAUAACGGUAGCCGCCGUAAGGGCCGUCACCCAGUCCCACCUUCACUGCAUGCUAGACGGCUCUAUAACCAUGGUGGAGCGCCUGCACCGUCACCACAUCUACCCCGUCGUCCUACUUAUCAAGUUCAAGAGCACCAAGCAGAUCCGAGAAGUGAAAGAUGCCAGGAACAGCCUCGAUAAACUGUCGGGGAAGGCCGCGAAGGAGAUGUUCGAACACGGACAUAAGUUAGAAGCCGAAUACCGACACUUGGUGACCGCAGUAGUGUCGGCAGGAGCGAACGUCGCUCACGUUUCCACUCAAGUUAAGGCGGCGGUGGACGCGGAGCAUAGGAAGAGUCAGUGGGUUCCCGCCGCUUCGCUGCAUUGAGAUGCUUUCGCUGGGAGUCGCUUUAGUCAGGUGAUUUGAACUACUUUUAGAUCCUCCUUUUAAAUAUGUCAAAGAGGUGUUUAUCGGCGUACGACAAAGGAACAUCCAGAAUUGCAGUUAUCUUGUGCUGCAUUUUUUUUUUUUGUACCAGACUUAUCUCAUUUAUUUAUUUGAUGGAAAUAUUAGGGGUUCGAUGUAGGUCCCUGUGGAACUCUGUUUUAAUCUCGAUUAGGUUGGCGGUUAUUCAAGGUUAGUCCCUCCGGUCAGUCGUAGAAGCAAUAACUUACAUGGUAAUAUUCGAAAUAAAUCAAAAUUAAGCAAUUGUGGGUAUUUCAUAGGUCUUUCAAAUAUUUAGAAUAUAAUUAGAUAAUCAGUGAAACUUACGAAUGAAAAUACUAGAUGGCGACUCUCUUUUUUAAAUAACGAAACCACGUCUGCGCUUUUUGUAGAUACGUGUGAUGUUUUAUCAUUUGCCGACAAAAUAGUCGGCCGCCAACUGUCUGACGUGUGUACUGUUGCUUUUUAAUUAAGCUCGUCGAUUAUUAAUUAAAUGCUUUGUAACAAUUUUAACACGGUAUAAGGACAUAGCGUAAUGCAACAUUCCUCGUCCGCAACGAACAUCGAAAUUAUCGGGGAUGACAGUUUUGUCGGUGAAAAUAAACUUGACGCAAUUGAAGAAGCGCAAAAGGCCAACUAUGUUGUUUAUACGAAACGAAUGCAACAUGUUUCGUUUUUUGACCGAAUCGAAUGUCAGUUCAGAGAAUAGAGCAUAUUGUAUUAUAUUGUUUAUGUGCACGAGUGACAUGUCUGUCACCAGUAUACGGUAAAUAGCGGCCCACAAUAAGUGAUUCUGUUGCUGUGGAUUUUGACGUAGUGAAAUUGAUCAGCGAGGUGCAAUAGCGCUGUAUUUUAUAAUACCAUGACAAAAAUAUCAGUCGUACGCCCCUGGUACAUACAAAAUUUUCUUCUUAAAAAGUCGGCCGCCGACUAUGUGGUAUGCGUGGUUCAUGUUUUAAUGCGAAAAAAAAGAGUGCAAAUUUUGGGAAAAGUUCAAUUAAUUUCAACUUUUUCAUGAAUCCCGCGAUUUGAUUAAUUGAUUAGCAAGGUGCAAAAGCAUAAUAAUUUAUACAAUACCUCUUGCGGAACAUAUUAUGACAAAAAUAUCGGUCAUACGCCCCUGGUCCACACAAAAUUUUCUUUUUAAAAAGUCGGCCGCCUACUAUCUGUUGUAUGCAUGGUUCAUGUUAGAAUGAAAUUAGCAGUUUUUAAUCUGAAAAAAAAUGUCGAUUGCAAAUUUUGGGAAAAGUUCAGUUAAUUUCAACGUUAUCACGAAUCCGGUGAUUUGUAGCAGAAACAUGCAUAAAUUGAGUAGCAAGGUACAAAAGCACAAUAAUUUAUACAGUACCUAUUGCAGACCAUAAUCAUGACAAAAAUAUCAACUCUUGAACACAAAGAAAAUUUUAAAAAUAGUUGACUGCCUACUGUCUGGCGUAUGCGCAUUCACUAAGGCGAGUUCACGUAAGAACGAAAUUAAUAGUUUUUAUGAGAAAAAAAGAUGUUGAGCACGAAUUUUGGAAAAAGUUCAAAUAGUUUCAAAUUUUUUAUGAAUUCCGCCAUUUGUGACAGAAACCUACAAAAAUUGACCAGCAAGGUGCAAUAGCGCCAUAUUCUACACGAUACCUCUUGCGAAGCGUGCCAUGACAAAAAAUAUACACUUCUGGACCCAAAAAAUUUUUUCAAAAAUAGUCGGCGACCGACUGUCGUGUGCGCCUUCAUUGAGGCCAGUUCAUGUUAGAACGAAAUUAGCAGAAUAAAAUAAAACAUAAAAAUUGAUUUCCUCGUAUUACGAAAAUAUAUUAAGAAGAGAAAGAUUUUAGAAAUCCGAUGCUAGAAAUUAACAUUUUCAAUCGAUUUAUAUAUUUGUACAUUUGACGUAAUUUCAGACGACAACAAAAAUUUCAAUAAAAAACCCUAGAAUUUUUCUGAAAUUCAUCGUUCUUGUACGAAUGCUAUUUUUACAAUUUCGCAAAGCUAUUGCAUUUAUUUUAACAUGUACUGGACUUUAUUAAUAAUACAAAUAAGCUUGAGGUUUUAUGGCAUAAGCGCCAUCUAGUGUUUUCAUUUCUAAAUAUGACUGGUUGGUUUUCUUGCUAUAUUAAACAAAAGUAAUAUUUUAAUAGCCAAUUUUUAUAUGAAAUAUUUGUACGUCCAUCUUACCAAGGCAAAGCUCUCCUUUUUGCCUUACCAGGAGUCAGUCUAUUGUCAUUACAGAGAAAGUUGAAGUACGAGUCCAACUACAGAUCCUUGAGGUACUUUUGUCUUCAUUUCCUUGAAAUAAACGAUAAAGAAGUAUGUAAUGAAAAAGUCAGUAGUGAUUUUAAUUUAUUUAAAACAACACUUUUCCAGCUUUACUUUUAACGUCGAAAUUUAAAAGUUAUCCCACUUCUGAUCCUUGCACAACUAUAAUUUUUUUUUCUCUGGACGAUAGAUUUCGUACUUUAAUUUUUCUCUCGAAGUUGUGCCGUUACUUCGUGAGGGACGAAGCUUUACGAACGAUUCCCGCCGACCUCUACUCAAAGUGAUACGCAGCAAAACGGUCCUGUGCCUUAACGUAAUAUUGCGCUGCCAAUUUUUUUACCGAAAAUGAUAUUUUUAAUAAAUGUGUUUUGUAGCUUUUUUUUAACUAUAUACAAGUAAGGUGGUUGUAUAUUCUCUUCUUCUGUGAUUACUUUUAUUAUCCUACUCAUGUAAUGUUUCUUAUAAAGAAGUAAAUAUAUGUAU